AACAUUCGCUUAACUUUGGCUUCCGUGUCUAUACACUUCGUCUGUGGGUAAAUAUUUUGUGAUUAUAAUAGCAUUAUAUGUCUAAAAAUACUUAACUGGCUUAAGAGCGUUGAAAGAAAAGAACUAAAAUACACUUGAUUGUUGUUAGUCCAGCAGCUUCAUAUGCGGUCUGUGGAUUAUAGACAUGGCUACGAAUUCUUCAGCGCCAAAAUAUGACUUUAAGAAAUUGUUGGAGUGGACAAAUGGAGACAAAUACAACCUCCAAGUCAGUACGAAAGCUUUUUACAAUAUACUUGAUGAAAACCAGAAACGAAGGGAAUACAUAAAAAGUGAACAGCUGAAUUCCAAACAACUCCUAAAUAUUUCAAAACGAGCUUUUGAAAGAGAAGAGUUAAAUGUUGCAGAAACGUUUAUUGGCAAGGCAAUACAAAAACAAAAGGUUGAGGAUGCUUCAAGUAAAAGUAACCCGGAGUUAUACUAUCACUUGGCCGAGAUUCUACAGCAGAAAGCGACUGAAGGUAACUUGCAACAACUUGAGAGACAAAAACUAUUACUGCACGCCACAGUGCUUUAUAAUUUUGUGAAAAAUUGUUUGAACAAAAUCGCAGAAGAAAGUGAGUUUACCACAAACAUUUCAAAGCGUAUACCUGAGAAAGUCUUGGAUGCUCAACAGAGCCUUAUUAAAACGGCUGGAGGGAACUCGUUUAGGUGUAAAUUUAAUUGGGAUAGUAAAAAAAAAGCUUUGAAAGAACUACGAGAAGAGACCAAGAGUAGUUUGGAAGACAUAAAUGCUAAAUACGAUGCUGAAACAGGAAGUGAUGAAGACCUUAGGAAAAUGUUUAUCAAACAAACACCCGAGGUAAAGGAUUUGUUCAAAAAGGUUGCAACCAGGGUAAAACAGCUUGUAAUAGAAAUCAUUGAAGAAUGUCUGGAUGUGUUGGGGAAGCCACCAUGCAACUAUGAAGUUAUACUACUUGGAUCUUUGGCAAGAGAAGAGAUGACACCAUACUCAGAUAUAGAGUGGGCAAUACUAACUAGCUCUGAAGAUGAGGAAUGUAAAACUUUCUUUCGCAGUUUGACAAACCUUGUUCAUUUCCAGAUUAUCAACCUUGGAGACCAUUUUGCCUGUAAACGAUAUUGAAGUGUUAAGAGGAGAUUGGUUUUAUGAUGAUGUGACACCUCGUGGACUCUCUUUUGAUGCUUUUCUUCCUCAAGCAUGCAAGACACCUUGGGGAAAUUCUCUGGAUUUUGAGCUUAUUCAUACUCCUGCGACAAUGGCAAAUUUUCAGAGUGAAUACUGGUACAAGAAGCAUCCACACUUAGG